UAGUUAAUUGUGUUACAUAUAAUAGAAAUAUUUACUUCAAACUAAAAAUAAAUAAAAAAAUCAAAUUGAAAAAUUAGUUAUAUAUAAUUUAAUAUAGAAAAAUUUACAUACAAAUAAAAAUGAUAAAUGUAACAAAUUUAAAUAUAUUAUUCGCGCAGAGAAAGGAUCUAGUUAUGAUAAAAGUACUAGAAACUGGUUAAUACUUUAAAAAUCGACUCAAUUAAACUUAAGUUUGGUUUCAGUUUGUUACCAUCUUUCGAUUAUUUUCAAAAAAUUUAAAUAAAAAUAUUAGAUAAUUCAAGUUAUUUGAUUUAAAAUCAAAUAUCUUAUAUUUUCAAUAAAAUAUUGAUUAAUUAAUUUUUUUGAAUAUUUCUAAAAAUACCAACAUAAAAUUUUGAUUUUUAAAUUGGAAAUUGAAAACUAAACAUAACUAGUAUUUAUUUAUAUAUAUAAUGAAUGUGUUUAGUAUUUAGUUAUUAUUUGGUUUUCGGUUGGGUUUUGGUUUUAAGUUUUUCGGUUUUUCGAAUUUCGGGUAAAAUUGAGUUAGCUGAGUCGUCUCCAGCGACUGAACAUCGCCGGAAAUGGACGGAGAAGGAGCCUCAGGCGAGUCUUCGUCUUCAAAUCAGCUAGAGAAUUGGAAAAAAGAACAGGAUCGUCUGAAGAAGAAACUGAUCACGCACGAUGACUUCUCAUGGCAAGGAUCAGAGACGCUUAAGUACGUUGGAGGUGUGGACAUAAGCUUCUCCAAGGACGAUUCUUCAGUGGCGUGCGCUUGUCUUGUCGUCCUCGAGCUACCUUCUCUCCGUGUAGUUCACAAUGAGCUCUCUCUAAUCCGCCUCCAAGUUCCUUAUGUCCCUGGGUUUCUCGCCUUUCGUGAGGCUCCGGUUCUGUUGCAGAUUCUUGAGAAAAUGAGGGAUGAUCAUCAUCCUUUCUAUCCUCAGGUACUGAUGGUUGAUGGGAAUGGGAUUCUUCAUCCACGAGGAUUUGGCUUGGCGUGUCAUUUAGGUGUUCUUGCUCAUCUUCCGACCAUUGGUGUCGGAAAGAACUUGCAUCAUGUGGAUGGUCUGGAUCAUUCUGAGGUUAGACGGUUGUUUCAGCUCAAAGAAAAUGAGGAUAAGAAAGUUAUCACUUUGGUAGGAAACUCUGGUUUCACAUGGGGAAUAGGGCUUAGGCCAACUCUGAGUUCUCUGAAGCCCAUAUACGUUUCAGUUGGCCAUCGCAUAUCACUUGAAACUGCGGUUGAGGUUGUCAAGAUGACCUGCAUGUACCGCGUACCUGAACCUAUUAGACAGGCAGAUAUAAGAUCAAGAGCAUAUCUUCAAAAGCACCAACUUCGUCUCUUAAAAGAUUUGGGACCACUCGGAAUGGGUAACUUUUGAUGUUUCCUUCACUCUUAUAGAUCUUGUAUCACACUAAAAUCACAACUGUACACAGUAGUUCACAUGUCCAUUUUCUUUCUCAUUCUUUUGUCUGGCACAGACUGAACAUUAGUCGUUAAAACAACCAAAGAAGGCUGUGAACACUUUUCCACAUUAAAGAUCAUUCUGCAAUGUCUUUACAGAGGAGCUCCACACAAGUUUUUCCUUUAUUUAUCUCAGUGACUCUAAACCAAGAUUAUUUCGAUUUAUCCACCGACUCUAACCAAGAUCAUUUCGAAGAGAUGAGUCUUGUUGUAUCAUUUUUGUAUCCAAUACAUUGUAUGUAUUUUGCGUUAAGAUAUGAAAUAUUUUCCAUGUA